UGGUCACAAAGUCUUUGAUACUCUGCGUCUCUUCACUUCUACAUACUAUUUCGUCAGGAAAUCGAUGCCUAGAGUUCAUCGACAAAGUCGUUGGAAUUCCAUAAUAUUCUCACAAUGGAGGGUGAAAUGAAAUGUCCGAUAGAAGAAAUUAGGGAAAAGCCUGAGAUGCGAAAAGCUCAGCAAACCUAUGAAGUUCAGGUCGAAGUUGAAGAUACUCCAGAUACAACCUUCAGUUGGCGUAAGCUCUGGGCAUUCACAGGCCCCGGUUUCCUAAUGUCAAUCGCCUACCUGGACCCGGGAAACAUUGAAAGCGACCUUCAAGCCGGAGCAAUUUCCUACUUUAAGCUCAUCUGGGUGCUCCUAGUGGCCCACAUAAUGGGUCUCCUGCUCCAAAGACUUGCUGCAAGACUUGGAGUGGUGUCUGGAAAGCAUAUGGCGGAAAUUGCGUUCAGUUAUUACCCGAAAAUUCCUCGUUUGGUACUGUGGAUGUUGGUAGAGUCGGCGAUUGUUGGAAGUGACAUGCAGGAAGUCAUCGGAACUGCCAUCUCGUUUUAUUUGCUUUCUAACGGAGUAAUCCCUCUCUGGGCAGGUGUCUUAAUUACAAUCUGCGAUACCUUCACCUUCUUGUUCCUGGAAAAGUACGGAGUGCGAAAGUUUGAAGCAUUCUUCUGUUUUCUGAUCACUUGUAUGGCAAUUACUUUUGGUUAUGAGUUUGGAGUUAGUGCUCCUGAUGCGGGAAAAAUGUUCUCCGGAAUGUUUGUGCCAUGGUGCAAUGGCUGCGACAAUAACAUGGUGAUGCAAGGGGUAGCGAUUAUUGGUGCUGUAAUUAUGCCACAUAACUUCUACCUUCACUCGGCACUUGUCAAGAGCCGAAGAGUGGACCGCCGGAGAGCUGAAAAAGUGACAGAAGCGAAUAAAUAUUUUUUCAUUGAAAGUGCUUUUGCUCUUUUUGUGUCGUUUAUUAUUAACACUUUGGUCAUAUCGGUUUUUGCACAAGGAAUGUAUGGAAAGACGAAUCAGGAUAUUCGCGACACCUGCUACAACAAUACUCACAAUGGAAUGCCGGAUUUCUAUAAAGUAGAGUUCCCAGCAAACAAUGAUGCUGCUCAAUCGGAUAUCUAUCAUGCCGGAAUCUUUCUUGGAUGCACUUUUGGAAUCUUUGCACUUUAUGUGUGGGCGGUGGGGAUUCUGGCCGCUGGACAAUCUUCUACAAUGACCGGUACUUAUGCUGGACAGUUUGCUAUGGAGGGCUUUAUCCAAAUCAAACUUCCCCAAUGGAAGCGUAUCCUUAUCACCCGAUCUUUGGCAAUCCUUCCAACUCUUGCUGUAGUGAUCUUCUCCGGCGGAAUCGAUAAUAUCUCAAGUUUGAAUGAUUUUUUGAAUUGCUUGCAGCUGAUUCAACUUCCGUUCGCUUUAAUUCCAGUGCUGACAUUUGUAUCGGAUAGAAAUAUUAUGCACGAGUAUAAGCUAGCAAGUGUCUCCAAAGUGGUCUCCAUUGUGAUUUCCUUGAUAAUUUUAUUCAUCAACUUUUAUUUCUUAUACUCUUGGAUUGGAUCAACAUUUGGUUAUAAUGCAGUUUCUAUUCCAAUCACUAUUUUUUGCGCGAUUUUCUACAUUAUUUUCAUCGCAUAUUUGACGUAUUAUUGCCUUGUCGCAAUGGAAUUCAUCUCACCCAUUCAAACAAAAUGGCUCGCGGAGCCCAUCUACCACGAUUUCGAUGCUCCUUGGCUGGAGGACUCGGAAAAUCCAUCGACGAAAAAUACAAUUUCCGACGACGAACUGUCUAUGCGAUAUUGAUUUAUGUAAUAAUUUUUUAUAAUAAUAUAUGUAUUUUUGAAACAAAAAAAUUUUCGAAAAUUUUCAAAAUGUUAAUACCUAAUUUAUAAUCAAUUUAUAUGAUCUCCUAUGCAAAAAAUCAAUAAAUAUCUCCGAUUU